UUUAAGGUACCCCUCGCGACCUCGCCGUUAGAAGCCCGGGCGAUGCCCGCAAACGCCACCAGUGGGCGCUCACCGCCAGCUGGCUGGCUCGCUCGCUGCCCCACUGCGCAUGCUCCGCCACGAUUACCUGCCUUGGGUGGACCGGUGGAGAGCUGCGCUGCGUGGAUUGGUGGGGCUCUGGCUGGAAGGGAUCCCGCGAUCCCGGAGCGACCCCCUUCCACCCGGAGAUAGAGCCUGCCCGGCCGGUUCCCGCAGGCGAGGAAAGUCCGUCUUGGCUGGCGGAGAGAGAUGGAGGGACGCCGGAGGGUUGGCUGGACUGAGGAUCGGGAGGCUUGCAGAGUAGGGGAGACACCCCCCCCCCAAAAAAAUCCUGCUCCUGGCUUUGCAUGCAAGGGAGCAUCCGACAUUGGGGAGGGGAGGGGUGGCAUGGGAGAGAAAGAGUGGAAGGUGGGUUGGGGGGGUGUGUGGAACCUCACAUUGGGCAUCAACCAGGUUUUGCUUCGCAAGGUUCUUUGCAAAAAAGAAAAGAACCCAGGAAUUCCUGCCUGGGAUUCCCGUGCCUUCUGCAAAGGGUCCUUAGGUAGCUAUUCUGGGGUUGGGUGGGGGGAACAUUGGAGAGCUCUGAUUCUGCGCCUCGGAAUUGAUUUCUGGGGGCCCCCUCCCAGCAAUAUUUUUCUUGCCGUCAAUGGAGCUCGGUUGCACUUCUGCAGAAGACCCUCCCCCCAAAUAUAAUAUAUUUGCAAAUAUAAAUAUAAAUGCAAAUAUAAAUGCAAAUUAAAAAAAAAAUGAGGGUUAGUCUCCAAGAGGCGGAGGGGUGGAGGCUGAUUUUGGGCCCUCCCCUUUCCAAAAAUGUCACUUGGCCCUCAUUUGGAUUCGAGCCGGGGUCUGCAAACUUGGCUCUUUUAAGACACUUGUGGACUUCAAUUCCCAGAGUUGAAGUCCGUAAGUCUUAAAAGAGCCAGGUUUGCAGAGCCCUGUUCUGGACUUGCCUCCUUGGGAGGCAACAGCCCAUUGCGAUCAACCGCUUUGCAAGAAAUCUGGGCUGUCCUUGAAGCCUUGCUGGCUGGGGGAUUGUGGGAGUUGAAGUCCACAAGUCUUAAAAGAGCCAAGUUUGCAGGCCCCUGGAUUAGACAGUCACCGUUUUCUGAAGGGGACCAGUCGGUCAUCCCUGAAGUUCCCAUUAAAGAAGACUAUUGGUAGCUCCCGGGUUGAUUUUUUUUUUAAUUUGAAUUUUUUUUAAAGUUUGAAUUUAUAUCCCGCCCUUCUCCGAAGACUCAGGGCGGCUUACAUUGUGUUAGGCAAUAGUCUUCAUCCAUUUGUAUAUUAUAUACAAAGUCAACUUUUAUUGCCCCCAACAAUCUGGGUCCUCAUUUUACCUACCUUAGAAAGGAUGGAAGGCUGAGUCAACUUUGGGCCUGGUGGGACUUGAACUUGCAGUAAUUGCAAGCAGCUGCUGUUAAUAACAGACUGCUUUAGUCAGUUGAGCCACCAGAGGCCCAUUUCCUUUCUUUUCCUCCUCAGAUGUAAAAGCUGGAGGCCACUUGAGAACUGAAUGGCUUGAAAAUCUACUCCUGUGUGACCUCUUCGGACCGCAGGACUGAAAAGACAUCCGGAGGCCCAGGAGAUCCACAGGGCCCUUCUGGAUCCCUGUCAGAGAAGAGGCCAAAAUGGAUGCCAUCCACCCAGUAUGGAAAGGAGUGGGGAAAGACCCUGUUGCUGCUCAGCCCGGGAGCUUUGGGGAGGUCUGGGCAGGACCUGGGCAGAAGAUCCUGGAGGAAGCCCUCAGUUCUGAGAGCCAGCAUUGGCGCUUCAGGAAUAGCCUCUUUCAAGAGGCCGAAGGACCACGAGAGCUUUGCAGCCGCCUUCACCGCCUUUGCUGGGGAUGGUUGCAGCCAGAGAAGCACAGCAAGGCUCAGAUGUUGGACCGGGUGAUCUUGGAGCAGUUUCUGGCUGUCCUGCCCAGGGAGAUGCAGCGCUGGGUGCGGGAGUGCCGAGCGGAGACCACUUGCCAGGCGGUGGCCCUGGCCGAAGGUUUCCUGCUGAGCCAAGCGGAAGAGGAGGAGGAGGAACUGGGAAGGUGCCAGGUUCUAAGGUCCUUCCUGGAGGUGGGGGCUAAUUAUCCUGAAGAAAAGGUGGAUCCCACAAACCCUACUCGGAAGCCGUGUUUCAGAGGGAUCUCCAAGGAGAAACAACGUCAAGAUGUCCUACUAGUUGUUGGACUUAUUAUCAUGAUGGCAAACCUAUGGCAUGGGUGCCACAGGUGGCAUGUGGAGCCAUAUCGGUGGGCACAUGAGCUCAGCUCUGGGGUGCACCCGGAGGGAACAAAAUGGAGUCACCGUUGUUCAUUGGUUCCUCUCUUUCUACUGGUGGAGCUAAAAGAGCAGCUGAACAUCCAACUCAGGGUCCUUUGUCCUUUUGGGAGGUGGUCAUCAAUUUCAACAGUGAAGAGUGGUUGCUGCUUGAUCCCAGCCAGAAAGCCUUGCAUGAAGAAGUCAUGUUGGAAACGUCUAGGAUCGUGGCCUCUUUAGUUGAUGAACAGAAGAAUGAGAAUUGCCAAGAGCCAAAUCUGGUGCCAUUGCAAAUAAUAAAAAUUGAAAUCCCAGAAGAAACAUCCGCAGAUAAGUGGGCAAUGAGGAAACAGGAAAAAAACCAAACUUACAAUGGC